UAUAGCAAAAAACCUCUCCAAAAAAAUAGACUUUGUUUUUUACUUAAAUGUCAUUAUUAUGCAUGCUUUCCUUCCUGGUGUUUUUCAACUAACAAUGUGCUCUAGACAACUUACUGUUCAUUAGUAACUGUUUAACGUCUGUUUAUUUAUUUACUCAAAUUGACGGAGGCCAGCUGGCGGUGUGGAGGUUUGGUGCUGGAUCCCACACGGCCCGCUGCAGUUUGAGGCUCAGACUGGCGGCUUUAAAAUCAUGCUGGGCUCGUACACCUGUGAUCCUGGAGUCCUGACGGGAAGAGGAGGGCCGUGGCGGGGCCAGCCCCUGGGAGUGACCUCUCACUUGCCCUCUCUCUGGCUGCCCGGGCGCCCCGUCCCACAGCCCCUGCAGACCAGGCCAUGAGAACGCGACCGGACCAGGGACCAGGCCACCUCUCCCCGCCACCCCACCCACGGGUCCCUGCUGCCACCGGUCUCACAGAGUCAUGGACUGAGGCCUGCCGGUCCCCACUGCUCAGAUGGGGAAACUGAGGCCUGGGGAAGCGGAGCGGCUGGCCUCUGGCCACAGAAGAAGACCCUGGCCCUUCCAGAAUCUUCUACUCUUCCUGUGGCUCCUCCUGAGCUGUUGCUUGGGGACCACCGCUCAGGGUCCAGGCGAGUGGACGCCCUGGGGUUCCUGGAGCCGCUGUUCCAGCUCCUGUGGGCGGGGUGUCUCUGUGCGCAGCCGGCGCUGUGUCCGGUUCCCCGGGGAAGUGCCGUGCUGGGGGGACAGCCACGAGUACCUCCUCUGCCAGCUGCCGGACUGCUCCCCAGGGGCCACGCCUUUCCGAGACCUCCAGUGUGCACUCUACAAUGGCCACCCUGUCCUGGGCACCCAGGGCACCUACCAGUGGGUGCCCUUCCAUGGGGGUGAGUGGCCUGCCCUCCUGGCCUUAGGGCUCACUUGGGGGCCGUGCGGAGAAGGGGGCAUUAGCGGUGGGGCUUCAAAGGAUAUCCUCAAUCCGUGGCUUUGGCUGGCUCUCCGGGCCCCAUCCGUCCAAGGGGAGGGUUACUUUGAGAGCUGUGUGGGGCAGUGGCACGCCUUCUCCCACAGCUUGGGCCGAGUUCUGGACGGCCCCCCCUGCAGCCCGGGUGCCCAGGGGCUCUGUGUGGCGGGCCGCUGCCUGAACGCCGGCUGUGACGGGCUGCUGGGCUCGGACGCCCGCGAGGACCACUGCGGCCGCUGCGGCGGCGCCAACGACUCGUGCCUCUUCGUGCAGCGAGUGUUCCGAGAUGCGGGUGCCUUUCCCGGGUACUGGAACGUGACCUUGAUCCCCGAGGGCGCCAGGCACAUUCGCGUGUCCCAGCGGAGUCGCAAUCACCUGGCGCUGAUGGGUGGCGACGGGCGCUACGUGCUCAACGGGAACUGGACGGUCAGCCCUGCUGGGACGUACGAGGCGGCAGGCACCCACGUGGUCUACACCCGUGUCGCGGGGCUGGAGGAGUCGCUGCGCGCGGCCGGCCCCACCUCCCAAGACCUGCUCCUCCAGAUCCUCCUGCAGGAGCCCAACCCAGGUGUGGAGUUCGAAUUCUGGCUGCCUCGAGAGCGCUACGGCCCCUUCCAGGCUCAAGUGCGGGCCCUGGGCUGGCCCCUGUGGCAGCAGCAGCCCCCGGGGGCGCCCGGGGGCACCCAGCCUCGGGAGGUGGAGCCUCGGCCCCCACAGCCCCCUGUAGCCCCCGCAGCCAUCCCUGCACAACCCGUGGCCCCAGACCCCUGCCCGCCCUGUCCCGACUCCCGCGGCCGGCUGCUCCACUACUGCGGCAGCGACUUCGUGUUCCAGGCUCGCGUGCUGGGCCGCCACCGCCAGGCCCAGGAGACCCGCUACGAGGUGCAUGUCCAGCUUGUCUACAAGAGCAGCUCUCCGCUGCGGGCCCGGGAGUACGUGUGGGCGCCUGGCCGCUGCCCCUGCCCGCCACUGGCCCCCCACCGCGAGUACCUGCUGGCUGUCCGGCGCCUGGUCACCUCUGACGGCACACAGGAUCAGCUGCUGCUGCCUCACGCAGGCUACGCCCGGCCCUGGAGCCCUGCCGAGGACAGCCGAGCACGCCUGGCCGCCCGGCACUGCCCCCACUGAGCCCUUGCAGGGAGAAAGACACGUCUGGGCUGCUGGGACUCAGCCCGGUCCUCUCUCACCCUGCCUUCCAGGGAGCUCAGAGAUCUCUCCCACCCUCAGCUCUGAGCGUCACACGCUUAGACACUGCUGCACACAGACCCACGGUCAUGAGUGGGCAGGCGUGGGGAGGACACACUGGAAAGGCUAGAUAACUCGUUUCUCCUGUCGCCUUGGCUGCUGGGAAGCUUAUAGCCAUUUCACACUC